AUGGGCUCCGUCGGCAACACGGGCGGUGAUGUCCCGGGCCCCUUCAACGUCAAAUCCGUCGCCAUCAUCGGCGCCGGCCCCAGCGGUCUCGCUGCCGCAAAGUACCUGCGCGCCCAAUCCCGGGCCUCGGCCGCUUCGCCAGCCCCUUUCACCCGCAUCACCAUCUUUGAGCAGCAGGCCCAGGUCGGCGGCGUGUGGUAUUACUCCGCGCGGCCCACGGAGACACAGCACAUCCCGCAGACAUCGCCCUUUUGCCCACCGGACCCGCCGCUGCGGCCACGCGAGGGCGAGGACGAUGGCUCCAAGCCCCCGAUCUUCCCCAGUCCAAUGUAUCAGGACCUGCAUACCAACAUCCCGCAUACGUUGAUGCAGUACUCGGACAUGCCCUUCCCUGAGGGGAAGCCUAUCUUCCCGGAGCGCGAAACCGUGCAGCGGUAUCUGGAGGACUACGCGACAGACGUGCGCCACCUGAUCCGGUUCUCGACGUCCGUGAUCGAUGUGAGACCCGAGGCGGAGGAAGGGGAAAGCGAUCGGCAGGUGAGCAGCGAGCGCUGGACCGUUGCAUCCCGCAACCUCCUGACCGGUGCCUCCACCACCGAGACGUACGACGCCGUCGUUGUGGCCUCGGGUCAUUACAGCGUGCCGUACGUCCCUGACGUGCCGGGGGUCCGGGAGUUCGAUGCCGCCCACCCCGGCGCUGUAGCGCACUCCAAGCGGUACCGCACUCCGGACGCCUACGCCGGCAAGAAGGUGUUGGUUGUGGGCAACUCGGCCAGCGGGCUCGACAUUGCCAGCCAGAUCGGCCGUGUCUGCGCCGGCCCGCUGCUCGUCUCGGUGCGCACGCCGACGCCCGAUCGCGUCCGAGACCACAUCCCCUUCGAGGAAGUGGCCGAGAUCGAGCGGUUCCUGGUGGCGGAGCGGGGCGUCCGGCUGCGGGACGGGCGCGAGAUCGUGGGGCUCGACGCAGUGCUGUUCUGCACCGGCUACCUGUUCACGUACCCCUUCCUCGACGCCGCCGCGGCGCUGCGCGGGCCCCCGCUCGUGACCGACGGCCGCCGGGUCCAGGGCCUGUACAAGCACUUUGUGCACAUCCGCCACCCGACGCUCGCGUUCCCGGGCCUGCCCAUCAAGGUGAUCCCGUUCCCCGUGGCCGAGGCGCAGGCGGCCGUGUUCGCGCGCGUGUGGGCCAACGCGGCGGCGCUGCCGGGGCGGGCCGACAUGGAGGCGUGGGAGCGCGGCGAGGCCGAGCGCCGGCCCGCCGGCCGGUUCCACGUCUUCCCGGCCCAGGGUGACGGCGAGUACAUCAACGAGCUGCACGCAUGGGCGACGGCGCGGGCCCCGCGGGAUGGCGGCAAGGAGCCUCCGUGGUGGGAUGCCGAGAUGUUCUGGGCCCGCGCCCUCUACGCCGAGGCCAAGAUCAAGUUCGAGCAGACGGGAAAGAAGGCCAAGUCGUUGGCGGAACUGGGGUUCCGGUACGAGUCCGAGCCGGGCAAGGGGGAAGAGACAGGGGCGAUCCAAGAGAAGCUAGAUAUGGCUGGCUGA